CAAUCGUGGAUGUAAUGGCGACGGAGUCAAACGCGAAUGAAAUCGCCGAUUUUGAUAUAGAUCAAGUUAUAGAUUGGGACCAGCACGAUAUUCCUACAAAGGUCUGUUGGGUGAACUGUUAAGUAACUUUUCCACAAGAAAAGCGAACGAUUUCCCUGACAAUAAAUCGGUUAAGAGUCGACCAAAGUUGAACACCCUCGCUUAUACCGAGGGAAGCGUUAUUUCAAGUCACUGUCCACGGAAUCCCGUGAAGUUGCCUCAGACAUAACAUCAUUAAAACAGGUCUUUGCAGACCUGUUUUCCAGUAACGAGACCAUUGGGGCAGCCCCGCUGCGGCUGGUGUGAUUGAAAUAGUCUCAAGCUUGCUUUAAAGCUUAAUUCAAAACUAAGAAUUAGUUAUUCGUGGAGGAGUUCUACAUACCUCGAAUUACGAACGGGAAGUAUACAGGCUUUCCCGGAAAAUUUGCUUCUUUCGCCCACUAUAAAAAAAAGAUAUUUCGAGUUGAGGACAACGCCAGAAUAUUUCAUCCUUUCUCGAUCAAGAAUUUCUUGCCGAAGUAUUUACACGACGCUUUAGGGGAAGUUGAAGUCAAUGAAUAUAUCGGAAUUUGUAGGGAGUUUCGCUUAAAAUAUUCUAAGCCUGACUUACGUCGCGGAAAGACAGCUGACUAAGCUUAACUCUCAUAUUGUAAUACAACAUAACGUUGACAGGUCUGAUAUCUUCGAGUAGGUAUUGUACGGCCAGGAAUUACCUGAAUUAUAAAUUAUUUUUAUACAUUCUCAUACUUCCUUCUAAAUGCCUGAUAAAAACAGUUCCUUCAGUUUCGGUCUUACAAAUUUAACAAAGUGCAAGACUUACUAACUUUUUUUAUGCCACUUAACACGUUGCACAUUUUCGUCUUGAAUGUAAGAUAUUUUAUUUUGAACUAUUUUUUUCUUUGAAGCUGUUGUUAUGACUGUCACUUCUUAGGCUCAGCUUUUUUAACGUUUGAGUGCAAUUUUCUUCCAAUCUGCAUGUCUGCACUAUCAUGUUUUACAGGGAUUGCACUGUACUUUAGCACAAAAGUUGUACUUGAGGACAUAAUAUUUUAACAUCUCUUACUUGUGUUGGGACCACCAUUUAAUGAGGUCAUCUUAGACACUCUAAGGUGUAGUAAUUUGCAAAGCAAAGACAGCACUUUCAUUUGUGAGUUAUUUUAAAACCCUUCUUAUUGCUUUGGCCUCAGGGGGAGCAAUACUGUAAAGCGAUCAGUGAUCUGCAAAGUGGUGGUUUGUUGCUUAUUUUCUGAAUGUCCUCUUAAUUAGGAUAUAGAGUUUGACCAGCUUCAGGGUUUAGAAGUGCAAGUGAGCAAUGUUGGAUCAUCAACAUCACAAGCAUCAUCAACUAACUCUCUAAACAAUAGUGGCAGAGAUGGUCUGGUUAUUGGGAGCCAACUACUGGCUCCUCAUAGGGAGACUGGGGCAGCUAUUGUCAGCUUGCCACAGGUAUGUCUCCGUACACAUUUUACUGAGUAACAUACAAACUUCUCACUGCUUCAUAAUAAUUAAUGUUAUUACAUUUGUAGAAAUGUAAAUUGAUACAGUCGACUCUCUCUUAACGGACACCUGUAAAACGGACACCUAGAGUUGGUCCCUGCCUUUGCUUAUUCCCUUUAUUUGACUCUCUAUAAGAUGGACACCUCUCUAAGACGGACACUUAAAGCCGGUCCCAAAGGUGUCUGUCUUGGAAAGAGUUGACUGUAUUACUGUUUUCAACCUGUACCUUUUUAUUCAGAGUCCUAGAUUAGAUUACAUAAUACAUAAACAAUGGGAAUUAAAGUGUAUUACAGUAAAUGUAAUUAAAAUAUACAAAAACUACAAGAUAAUAAGAAAGAUACAUGAACAUUAUUUGAUAAACCAUUCAGUUAAAAAUGAAUGAAAAACAACAAUAAAAAAAACCCUCGGUACUUUGCCUAAGUAUUAGUGAAUUUAGGCUAAAUUACUAAAUAAGGACACAGUUUUAAUGUCUUGUGCUGGACAAAGGUGUUGCAUUUCUACAUGGCCAUCCAAGCGCUGCAAACAUGUAGCCAUUUGUUGAGCAAAGGCAGUACCUUUAUUUCUUACUGCUGCAAAGGCAACUGUUUCUACAGGUCACACUACAGGUCAAGGAAAGUUUAUUUUAAUUUUUUUUUAUCAAAGUUUUCUACUCUUCACAAUAAAGCCCUGGAGAACCAGGCUGCUGUUAUUAAGUACCCAAUGUUAAAAUGUAUGAACUCUUUCAAAUGUCUUGACAACUACUGAAGUUGCUUGACCUUGGAAGAAUAUUUUUCCACUAAAUGAAUUUUUUUACCCUUUUUGCAAGGUGCCACAGUCAUCCGCCAUAAAUCCUGUGUUCCCAGGAGACCCCAACUCUCUAAUACGAGAUAUACGACAAGAGUAUCUUCAGAAUCUUGCUGCACGAUCUAGAACACCACCAACCCCAACUUUUCCAUCUGAAAACUUUGAUUUGCCCCCUAUCACUCCACCUGGAUCAAUGCAGGGUCAUUCAACAUUUCCCGUGGGACAACAGCGAGUGAGGAUGCCAAUAAUGUCAAACCUUAAUAGACCUACAACUGUACAUUCUCAGCUGUCACCAUUUGUACCACCCAACUUACCCCCUGUAAUGAGUCAGCAACUAUCAUCUGAAGUGAGUAGUCCAAUGGUGGAAGGGCCCAAUAUCGACGAACUAAUUGAUGAAAUUGUUGAGCGUGAUAUGCCACAAGGUGUCAGUGAACCCAUUGUAUUUGCAACUCAUGUUUCACAGCAGCCCAGUCCUUCUACAACUCAUUCACUUUUUCCACCAAAUGCUUUACAGAAGGGGCUUACGGCAACUUCAGUUCAAGCAGCAAGCCCAGGGCAGUUAGCUGCUGCGCCAAGUAAUGUUACCUGUAAAUCACAGUUACCUAUGACAGGUGUAACUGGGGGAAGUCCAUUGAAUUCUGCUGGAAGUCCAGGAAGUCCUUUGGCAUCAUCAAGAAGUCCAAGUCCCAAAGUAAAACAAGCAAACCAUGCAGGGAAGGUAUCUGCUCCAAUACGAACUGCAAAUCAAGGUAUGAGACAUGCCCAAUCCAUAAUUCAGCCUGGAUCUCCACUGCAGACUACUGCUCCACAGUCAGUAGUAAAAAGUACAAGGUCGUUCGUAUCAACAAAUUCUCAGCUUCUGAGUACUACCUCACAAAUGUUACAAAUGGCAGUCCCAUCUGCUGUGGCAGUAUCUUCUAAGGCCCAAGGUGGAUCUUGUCAGCCCCGUACUGCUAGCAGCUUGAAAAUAAGUAUGGAAUCAGCAAAUCCUCAUGGUCAAACAGUUACUUUGUCCGCACCUGUGACUCAGUCAAGUUCUCAGAUCCAAACACACAUCAUUACUGCUGCUGCUUCUAAUAAGAUGCCUUCACAGAAUGUUGCACAAGGUCCUAAUAUUAGUGCAACUAGGCUUCAGUCCAGUAACAAACCUAUUCAGGCCAUUCCUUUGUCCAACCCAGAAUUGCUGGGACAGCUUGUAAAGGCCAUGGGGCAGCCAAAGGCAAAACAGCAGGGAACAACACCUAACAUUCAUACUGGACAACCACUCAUCUGCUAUGUUGUUCCUCAAAGCCCAGCAUCCGGAGUUCAAAGUUCACAGGCCAAAUCAUCAUCUCAGCCAGUUAAGAUGAUUCUGGUGAAUCCUAAUUCUCCCUUAAAAUCCUCAGUUUCAUUAAAACCCCAACUGCCUAAAACUGUCAUUACCAACCCUUCCAGUGCCAGCUUGAAUUGUAAAGCUUCGGUGGUAUCUAGUUCAUCUCAGCUAGCCCAGACAACAUACAAAACUGCAUUGGAAACAGCUGUAUUAGGUCCAGCCUUUAAGGAACUACCCUUUUUGGCUGAAACAGGAAAUAUGACAUUAACAGAGGUUAAAAGUGGCAGUAUUAUAGAUGGAAACAAUUCCACACGUUCUGUACAACUGAAUACAACUGUAGAUAAUAAUCAAGUACCAACUUCUGUGCCGGGACAACAACAACCAUUUGAAGGAAUCUUUGCCACUAAUUCAAAUACUAAACAGAUUUCAACUGCUUUGGGAUCCACACAGUCUAAUAGUGUACCUUUAUUACAAACUCCUUUGUCAUCUGGUAGCAAUGUUGUUCAAAUAACUUUUGUCAAUGAAGCAACAGCAAUCAGUCAAGUAGUAGCUGCUUCUCCUGCAGCUACAGUAACGGCAUCAUCAUCUGGUGGUAGCCUGCAGGGCAUGGUUACAGCUUCACAGUCAUUAACAGUAGCACCUGGAUUACAAUCCUCAUCACACACUCCACUGGUAAGACCUUCAUUAGAGCCAGCUUCAACCCAUCAACAAGACAGUGAUGAUGAUGACGAUGACGACGAUAGUACUCCUUUAUCCCAAGUGGCUGAAAACCUAAAGAAAGUGGGUGGUGAUGAGGUGAAGAAAAAGAAGAAGAAAAAGAAAGACAAAGAGAAAGGAAGUAAACGAAAGAGAAAAGGGAAAGAAAAGGACACUCAAGGCGGAAACAAGUUAGUGCAAUAAAUAUCAUAGUUUUAGAGACUUUGUCUGAAUUUUGGUAAUGUCUCGAGCUAUGGGUGAUUAACUUGUAUCAUUCUAGUACCUGUGCCUAGCCUUGAACAUUAUUUUUUAGUUCUCUUAACGGUGUUUUGCAGGUCUGUUACUAUAUUGCUACAUUGGAUUGAUUUUGUUUUCCUAAAUUUUAGUUGUUGUGUUUUCUUUAUUUGAUUUUAUUUUAGGCCUUUAACUGCUUAUGAGUUGUUCUUCAAGGAAACCCAGGCGGCUGUAAGAACAAAAAACCCUCAGGUAAGAAGGAAUCAGAAACAAUGCUAUAAGCUGUGCAGUUACAACCUGCAUUAAUAUUUUGGUAUGUUCACAAGACUGAUUUGAACAUUUCAAGCUCAUUUAAAUCUGCUUAUACUAAUUUAGAAAGUCUUAUACUAGUUUUCUGUUAAAUAAUAUACCUGGCAACAUGAGGGAAUAAAAAUCUGUAGAUUAUGAAAAAUGUGGCCUAAAAACCUGAGAUGAGUAAUAUGAUUUAACUGAACAUAUGAUCUUCCCUGUGGUAAUUGCAGUUGAAGCAAUAUUAUUGCAAGUUAACGCGGGAGGGGGGGGCUGGGGGCAAACUUGCAAUUGCUUAAAUUGAAAUUACCACUGCGACGAUCAUAGCUUCAUUUAAAUUUGUAUUUCCGCAGUUCGCAUCAUCUUCAUUCAAAUUAAAGUAAUGUGAUGUUUCUUGUCUUUGACUUGCUUACAGCUUAUUAUUACUUCGGCAGAGCGCAAAGUAAAGGAUUCGCGACGCUCAGGAAUGUAUCAAAGUUGAUAUUUUUGGGACAAGAUUGGGCAUGCAAAGUCUGUAGGUUUUCGGUUUUAUUCGGCUAUUUGAGGAAGUGAGAGCCCAAUUAGUUCGAGAUAUCUCGAGAUCACUUCAUUUUUUUUUCUUUUCUUUAACUUAUUCGAGGAAGAAAGAAUUAUUAUUUUGGCUCCCCGGGGUUUGAACCGACUCACCUGUGUGACCUGUCAGAUCAGAGGAGACUCUAAGUUGAGGGAUUAGCCGAUUACGUUACUGCGACCCAAGGUAGUUCGGGAUUUGAAAAAUAGCUAUGAAAUUAUGCACUAGUUUUGGGACAAGAUUGGCCGCACAAGUGCGUGACUUUUCGGCUUUUUUUGGCUAUUUCAUAAAAUGAGACGAGACUAAUUCAUGAUAUCUUGAGAUCACUUUGAGUUUAGUCUUUAAUUUACUCGAGGAAUAAAAUAGAGGAUAUGACAUGGCACUAAAUUUCUCUUCGAGUGUUGAAAAACAUUUUGUGAGUGAGCGCUCCUUUGGAACUGUUUUAUGAUGAAUUUAAAGAUACAAAUUGCUGCACAAAGACAUUUUGUCUUUGUUGAGUGUUACAUCAUAAAUUGCUUUCAUGCAUUGCGAGACUUUCUCGAACGUUCUCUACGUGUUUGGAUUAUUCAUGAAUAAUUAAUUAGAGCAUGUUUACAUUUGAGCAUGACUCAGCAGAUUUGCAUCAGUUACUGAAAUCAUAAAAUAUGUCGAAAAGCUACUACUAUUCGCCUGUUUAGUCUUUUCUAGAACCUUAUGUCAAACGGUGUACAAGUUCCAAGCGAGUUCUUUUGACUAACUAAGUUUUUUCCCACAAGCUGGAGUUGUGUGUUUAGUCAAGUGUGACGAAGGUUGAUUUUCAAGUUCUGUGUUUACAAGUUGGCGGAGGCCGUAAGAUAUCCGUAGUUCAAGAAAGACAAUGUUUUUAUUGUUUAACCAGUCUUUUUUAGCACGAUUCUUUUCCGUUUUUCUGUGGUUUCUCAGCCAUUUUUACCCUUUUGGCAUCCAAGCAUGAGCCUGCCAUAAUUUUGGGUGCAUUAAUGCACUGAUGUAAUAGGUACCAAUAGGCCCUAGCAACCACUGCCUGUUAAAAAGUCCACUCUUUCCACUGACUGUGAUCUCAAAAUGCAGGAAAUGGCAUCUUAGAGGCACAGAUCUUAAAAUUUUUGUUUUUGGCACUCAUGGGCACGGCUAUGGUGCUCUACAAGCAGGCCUCCCUUUUUUCAGUUGACAUUGUUGGAAUCUCUGUACCAUGCACGCGAGCACAACAGUUUCGAAGUCAAUUCUUUCGCUCCAAGUUUAGCUUUUCUUUCGUAACACAAUUGGGUUAAGACUUUUAAGAAGAUGACCUCUUUUUAUCAUUAAUACAGGUUCAAAUCUUAUGUGAACAUUAUGAGCGAACCAAGCGAGCAAGAAAAAAAAGUGUGUGACAUUGAAUGACUUUGUGGAAGUCUAAAUUGAGUCCAGCCGCUGAUAAAAAUUAACCUGGUUAAACUCUUUUAACCAGGUUACAUUCUAAGUAUAUUUUUACCAGGUUAUUCAAAAACUAACCCAGUUAACUUGCCAAGUGCCGCCACAGCCAUAAUCUGCACUUCAUGUUGUUCUUUGUUGUCGCACUUUUCAUUUCCAUAGGCACAGUUUGAGGACAUCAAGAAAAUUGUGGAUCAGAUGUGGGAUACUUUAAAUGAAAAUCACAAAAAGGUGGGACCUCCUUUACUGGUAUGUGGAAUUUGUCAACAAAAUAAUAGGAAACCAAGCAGGCUUUUUUCUCAAGUUUUAAUUGCAUAAAAGAGGUCAACCCUAUCCUUUACAACAAUGGUGUACUUGCAUGGAUUAAGAUUUUUUGCCAUGCAUUAACUAGAUUGUUAGUUUAUUUUGUAGUUCAAAGUAAUAAGAAGCAUUUUGUCUUUGAUCUUGACUCAUCAUGCAGAUGUUGAAGCUGAUUGGCUUGUGGAGUUGAUUAUUAGAAGCAUUGUGGCUAUAAUGUCUGGUGAAUUUUGGUUCUCACUUAUGUCUAGACAAAGUGGGGAUCAAUAAUAGUCUUGCUUGCAAGCAUUUCUCUUCUUUUUUUUUUUCUUGUGUACAUGCCAAAAUGGGGGCCUGGUUGUAGGCGUUCCUAGCAGAGACUGUGGAAACUGAAGAUAAGAAUCGUGACAUGUCACAACGCCAUGCUUUAAUUUAUUUUGUGAAGAAAGCUUAGGAAAGAUUAAUGUGAAAGAUGUCGAGCUUUUCUGGAACAGGUCGGGCCAUGAAUUCUAUUGCUUGAAAGUAUUUAUUACUUUAGAACAAGUGAAUAUUUCAGUGAGAAUUUUGAUGGUGAGGCUACAAACUGAUCGGGCGUUGUAAAUGAGUAUGCAAAUGAGUCUUGUGAUGAGCAUGUGGUUUAUUUUUGGUGAUGACUGAAAUGACGCACCAUGUUCUUCACGUUUUUGGUCACUGACAAUGAUGUAAUUUCUCUUGAAUUGAUUUUCGCUUAUUUAUACACUCUUUCUCAAUCAUCGUCGAAUACGAUAUAAAAAGUAAAUAUCCUGAAGAAUAAUAGACUCUAAAUAAAGUAGGAAGGGAAAAACGUUUCGCGAGGAAAUCCCAUUUCAUGUAGAAUUUAUUGCCUCCUCAUGUCUUAUUUAGCGGUGAUCUCCAAGCAAGCGAGACUGAAUGCUUUUUUAACAGCAUUCUUUUUUGAAAAAAAAAGACAACCCUGUUGGUUUGUGAAGGAUAAAUUAACAAUCUGGUUUCUUUGUUAUCAGGCUUAUCAAGAGAAGGCUCGACAACUGGAAAAUCAAUUCCAAGCUAAGAGGCUGACACAGCAGGUACAGUGCCAAACAGUCUACUAAUGAGCCAUUAAUUACUUUUAAUAAUACUGUGAAAAUCAUUAUUAUGAAGGAAAUAAUCUAGACAAGAGAAUAUCAAAUGUCUCUGUUAACCAAUCCUAGCUGAACACGUGCAAUCUUUUCAUAUACCAUCCUAGAACUAGUUGACUUACUUUAUUCGCUCUUUUUUUUUUCAUUUACUUAACAUGAUAGUGAGUCAACAUGAUAGUGAUUAACAUGAUAGUGAGCCAAUUCAGUCAAGACGAUGUCUAGCAAAACUUGGGUUUUAAGCAAUAUUAUUUGAGCCUUGCUUUAUCACUGAUUAAUUUUGAAUCUAUAUUAUCGAGACUGUCAAGAAUUCAUUAAUAUAGUAAAGGGUAUAUUAAAAUGAUAUAUUUUAGGUAAUGGUAUCUCAGAAUGAUAUGUAUUGGGCAGUAUAAUAAUUAUUGGUACAAUGGCAAAUGCUUCUUUCAGGAUGAACCAACUCUAAAACUGAAGAAAGUGGAAGUGGCAGUAGACCAUGUGACUUCCGUUCCAGGAUCAGAUACUGCAGCAGCUACACGCGGAUCAGUGGAGGUUAUUAGUGAUACGGUGGCCGUGACUAACAGUAAACCAUUAAACCGCACCCCAACACAAGUAGCUAUGGCUGGUAAACCAGUGGCAACUGUACCACCCAUGGCAGCUGCCAAAACAACAAUAAACACAAACACUCAACCAAACAUUUCAGCAAAACCUAAGGUGAGUGCUGACUGAUAAACUUAAGUGCCUUAUCAGAUGCUAUUUUAACUCUUGAAUGCAUGUUGUGUAGGAGGAGGUGUUUAUAUAAGUAUGUCACUGGUCAUUCAGUAAGGUGUAGACACUUUUGUUGUAGAUAUUAUUACUUGGCCCUGAACAUGAGUGCUGAUAUCAAAACAACAAUAAUGUUAUUAUUUUACUGUUGUUGUAGAUCGAUAAUUUGUUCCCAAAGAGUUGUGUUACGUAAAAUAAAUGUAACCUUUAUGACAACCAACAACAUGCUCAUUUUCCAACAAAAACCAUGUGCUUGCAAAACUAUUCAUCCCAUCAGUCACAUUCAUCUCUGUAGCAACUAGUUUUCAUGAACCUGGAUAACACUUUUUGAAUUUUAAUUUUCAACUUGUCAUUUAUUUUUCAUCUCCUCUUGAAAAUGAUAUUUGGAUUAUUAUGAGCACUAUUGAUAUCAUCAGUAUUUAUCUGUUCCAUUUCUUUUACUGUGAUAUUUUUUUACUUCAUAUCGUUCAGUAAUUUAGUCAAUUUAGAGGUGAAGGGCGUUGUAAUUAGUGAAUACACUGCAAGUGAAGUCAUUUAAUUUAUUUUUACUUCUUUACUGUACUUUUUUAUUGAUGUUCUCAAGCUCAUAGUACCAUAAUAAUGUAUUAAAGAAAUAGUACCAUAAUAACAUAAAUAUAAAGAAAACAUUUCUUUACAGAAGAGUAAAGUGACUGUCAACCCAAUAAGUCAGCGUAUCUGUUUGUGUGAUGGCUGUAACAAGCCAGCACGUACAACCAAAGAGCGUGGAACCCAGUACUGUAGUAAUGAAUGCAUUGUCAAACACUGCAGGUAUUUACAUCAGGUUUUUCUCUUAUGUCAGUUUGCUUUAAGACCCUUAGGGCCUUUUUGUAUAAAGUGAGCCAACGGGUUAGCAAGCUGGCUUUGUUCAUGCCUCAAUUCAUCAUAAAAUGUCCAUUGUGUUUCCAUGAGAAGGCAGACUGGCUUACUUGCUAUGAUCUUGGCUGGUCAACCCAGGAUCUUGGAAAGUUAGCCAGUGCAAAAGUUUAUUGAACAAGAGAAAUCUUUGAUAAUUCUACAAUUGCUGACACAAUUGUUUGGGACUGUUGUUUUACCAUCUUCAAAAGAUAAAAGUGAAGUUUUCCUGCCCUCCCCUUGCCAAGCAAUCUUGUACCGCUGCUCUAGCUACCUGCAAGAAACAACUAACACCCCAGAUAAAUGGAGGGAAGCGGGAAGGGUGGAGAUUGUUUUCUUGUCCAAAGUUCCCCUUUUACAGACAGUGUCUCAACAAUUUUGCUGCCAAUUGUAGUUUGAUGUAAAACUUUGUAAGGAAUUGGUAAAUCAAACGUUUUUGGAAUUUUUUGAAAUGUGUGUCAAAUUUUACAGGCUUGCUUUUUCAGUCACUUAUAUUUUAUAUAUGUAGCUAGGUGUAUGAAAUUUCAUUAACUGUUACUGCACCAAUGUUGCCCAGUUUGUCUCAUUCAAAACUAUAAUCAUUGUUGACACUACUGGGUCAACAUCGGAGAACAAAACAAUCCUUACCAUUCCCCCUCACCUCCAUUCAAAAUUGUGGUGUUAGUUUUCUACAGGUAGCUUGAACAGCGGCACAACAUGGCAUGGACGGGUUGGGAGAGGGGAAGCUUUAUUUUCUCCUUUUAAGUUUGGGUGAUAGAGAGUAAAUAGUUAAUAGAUCUUGUAUGUAAAGAGUGAUCUAGGGCUUUAUAGGUGAAAAGCAGAACUUUUAAAGAUAACACGUUCGUUAACCACCAGCCAGUGAAGUUCUCUUUCAUGAUAAGUCGUGCAGCACAGUUUGGGACUCGUUAAAGAUUUUGGAUAAGGUUCUUCCCGUAACCCAUGUAAUAGUGAAAUUAUUACAACUGUCAAGUCUACAUGUGACAAACACAUGCAUAAUUGUUUUCAAAUAUCCAGCUAGACAUGUAUUAUUUGUUUGUCUUUUGGUCUUAUUCACCCAGUUUUUCUAUUUUUUUCUAUUUUAGAAUGGCUUUUACUCUUUGGGUGACACAGAGAAAUGAAAUAUCAGAAGCCAAUGGCUGAGGCUGCCAUCAUAUUCAGAUAUCACUACUGAUCUGUAUAUCUAACAUUGUUUUCUUUUUUUUUCUUUUUUCCCUGUUGGAUAUAAACGUCAAAGAUCUCAAUUGCAUUAUUUAUUGUAAGAAAAUAAACACCUUAAGAAGCCAAAAAUUGUGUUAACAUAUACAAAUAUCAUUAAUUUUUGUGAGUUUUGGAGAUUUAUGAUAUUGUAGCCGUAUGUCUCAUUCUUUAGUAGCCAUAUUUUCCUCUUAAGUUAAUAAAGUCUUCUUAAGUUCUCUGGAUUUACUAGAAUUUGCUAACUUCUUCAAAACUCCCCUUCCCUCCGCCCCCCCCCCCCCCUUUAGUUC